AUGACUCAAUACGGCUGCGCAAGACAUCAUACCCGCAGAACUCCAACAAUUUCCUUAGUUAUGGGUAAUGACUGGAGAUAUUGGUCACACUCACCCGAAAGAGGACAAGAAGGUUGGGAUAGAUGGAUAAAUCAAACAAUGAAAUCUUUACUCCGCAAAAUACAUACUGAACAAGAAUUAAUUGACGCUCAAUUUGAACCAAAAGAUGGAGGAUCAACAUUUUAUGCUCAAAUUCCAUCAGAAAAUCAUUCAUUUCUCGAAACUUUCAGAAACCAUUCGAAAUUCUUCAAAAUAUAUAACGAUACAUUCGUUUACUCAGUAAAUUCAUCGCUCACAAACCCAAUCGUUACAGCAUACCAAAAACCGGGUUGUCCAGUUAUUUACAACUCCAAAGUCGAGCCAUUAUAUGCAUUCUUCGAUAGACACAAAUUCGGAGCAUUACAUAAAUAUCCAUACUCGGAAUUGUCAAAGAUUCCAAUUUUCAAAGUUGCCGCUUUAUAUUUCGUAAAAGGCAAUCUAAAGCAGGUUCAAAGAAGGAAUUUACAGCUUGCUGCACAAAAUGAGUGUAGUAAUACAGUUUACGGAUGGGUUGAUAUGAAAGAAGAAGUUGAUGAAAAAGAAAAUUCAAAAUAUUUGAGAUUUAUUCGAGCAUACGACCUCCCGUUAAUGGUAUUUAUUGACAGAAGAAGCGAAACUACCGCUGUUUGGAAGAAAGCGUUGCUAAGAGCAAAAACAGAAUUAAUUCCAAAUUUGUUCAAGAAGGCAGAAUCAGCUCAACCUAAGGUUGUUUCUCAGCCCAGGAUUUCACCAAUUUCGUUAAUUUUAGGAACAAUUUUUGGAAUUUUUGCUUACUUCGCAUUUUCUUAUUUCUAUCCUCUCUUAAAACCUCACAAAGCACAACGUUAUAAUGAGGUGUGA